AUGGCUGCGAAGGGGCUGGUUGUGGUUUUGGUGUUCUACCUGUUCUACAACGUUGGUAAGUACAUGAGACACGAGAUCAACGCUUCAUCGGAGGACUCAGGCACUGCCAAUGCUCCAAUGAACGACUGGAAGUUUGCACAGAGCGAAGUUAAAAGGGUUUUCAAGGAGUCCUGGAAGCACUAUGAGAAGGACGCGUGGGGUAAAGACGUUUACCACCCUCUUUCCCAUAAAGGUGAGAAUAUGGGUCCAAAGCCCCUGGGUUGGAUCAUUGUUGAUUCUUUAGAUACUUUGCAACUCAUGGGCCUGGAGCAGGAGUUCAAAACGGCCUCUGCCUGGGUGGAAAACGAAUUGACAUACGACAUGGAUUAUCAGGUUAAUGUCUUUGAAACUACAAUAAGAAUGCUGGGAGGUUUACUUUCUGCCUACUACCUCUCUGCAAAUGAUAUGUUUCUGGAUAAGGCUGUUGAUCUGGCAGAUCGUUUGAUCGGGGCCUUCGAUUCACCAUCAGGUAUCCCAUACUCCUCGGUUAACCUUCACACGAAGAAAGGUAUCAAGAACCACGUUGAUAACGGUGCUUCUUCGACUGCAGAAGUGGCAACCCUACAGUUGGAGUUCAAGUAUUUGGCCAAGCUAACAGGGGAGCAGAUGUAUUGGGAAAAGGUUGAAAAGAUCAUGAAGGUUUUGGAUGACAAUCAUCCAAAGGCAGGGUUGGCUCCGAUCUACGUCAAUACAGAUACCGGUAAAUAUCAAGGCAACCUCAUCAGAUUGGGCUCACGUGGUGAUUCCUACUACGAAUACCUGUUGAAGCAGUACUUACAGACAGAAGAAGGCGAGCCUAUCUAUAACGCAAUGUACCAGGAGUCUGUUCGUGGUAUGAAGGAUAAGCUGCUGAGAACUUCAAGACCAAAUGGCCUAGCAUUCUUGGGUGAGUUGGAGAAUGGUGUUGGUGCACCACUGUCGAACAAGAUGGACCACUUGGUUUGCUUCAUUGGUGGAUUGUUUGCCCUUGGUGCUACUGAAGGUGAGACUCUGAAAAAGGCUAGAAAAUCGUCCAAUUGGAACAAGAUCAAAGAGGAUGAUAUCCUUUUGGCAAAGGACAUCACACAUACUUGUUAUGAGAUGUACCAUCAAACUGCUACGGGAUUGGCUCCUGAAAUUGUCGUCUUCAACACUGCUCACGAUUCAACAACAGACUUCAUCAUCAAACCACUGGAUAAACAUAACUUGCAGAGACCAGAAACUGUUGAGAGUCUGUUCAUCCUUUACAGAAUUACAGGCGAUGUUAUCUACAGAAGAUGGGGGUGGGAAAUCUUCAAAUCUUUUGAGAAAUAUACAAGAACUCCUGAUGGUGCCUACACUUCGCUGGAUGAUGUUACUGUGAUCCCACCAAAGCAGGCUGACAACAUGGAAUCCUUCUGGUUGGCAGAGACUUUGAAAUACCUGUACCUGUUGUUUGAUGAUACAAACCUCACACCGUUGGAUGAAGUUAUUUUCAACACAGAGGCACAUCCAUUCCCAAAGUUUUCAAUGAAUCCAUUGUUCAAGACCGGAUGGCAAAGAUCAACCGUUUCACCGGAGAAGCAAGAGACCCUUGAGCAAAAACCAAAGGAGGCCAAGGGGAACGUUAGACAACCAAUUGGUGAAAAGAUCGAAAAGAAGAUUUCGUCAUCGGCACCUUUGUCAAACAAGAAGAAGCCAGAGUCCGAGGAAGCGAAGCUUGAUAAGCCUCCUCAAGCUGCGAAGCCUGCGAAGCCAGCUGCCGAAGAGCUGGAAGAAGUUUUGGAAUUAGCCGGAGGUGUUGAUGAAGACCAGUUUGCAAACCAAGAAGCGAUCGAUGAUUCACUUGCAGAGAGAUUGAGAGAAGGCGGCGUUGACCGUAUCCUUCAGAAGGUGAUUGAUGAGUGA